AUGGGACCUUCUGGCAGCGGCAAGACCACGCUACUGAACGUACUCGCUCAUCGGAAUCCCGGUGCAAAAUUGAAUGUCGCGGGCAGCGUAUAUGUCAACGGCUCCACCAUCUCGGAUACGGAUUUGCAGAGCAUAAGCUCCUACGUUGAGCAAGAUGACGCCUUGAUCGGAUCGCUGACGGUGCGAGAAACGCUGGACUUUGCUGCACGUCUAUCUUUGCCCAGCACGAUCCCAGGUCAUGAGCGAAGGCGGCGCGUUGACCAGCUCCUGUUUGCGUUCGGAUUGCAAAAUCAAGCUCCCACCAUUUUUAGCACACCCAUCCGCAAGGGCAUAUCCGGCGGGCAGAAGCGACGGCUUUCGAUUGCCAGUCAGCUCAUCACCGCCCCAAAGAUCUUGUUUCUUGAUGAGCCUACUAGCGGGCUGGACUCGAAAGCAAGUUACGAAGUCAUCAAAUACCUGAAAAGCAUUGUCCGAAAGCAAAGGUUGAUCGUCAUCGCAAGCAUUCACCAACCUUCAUCAUUGACUUUCGAUCUUUUUGAUAAUCUAUUGCUACUGUCAGCUGGCCUGACCUGCUAUAAUGGCCCACUGCCCGCGAUAAAACCUUAUUUCGAACGCAGAGGCCUUCCAAUGCCUCUAUACACUAACCCUGCCGAAUUUCUGCUCGAUCUUACAAGCAGUGACUUUUCUCAAGAUGAGGCAGAUGCACAACGCCGACUGGAAAAGCUACAUUCAGCUUGGCGAGAGUCGUCCGAAGCACACGCUAUCUCAGCAUUUGUCGCCGGGCCGUCUUCAGAGAAGGAUGUACUCAUCGGGAACAAGUCUCGUGCUCCCUUUCUGAACGUCACGCUCGCACUCCUUCACCGCUCAUUCAUCAAGAGCUACCGAGAUGUCGUUGCCUAUGGCAUUCGAUUCGCAAUGUACAUCGGUCUUGCGGUCAUGAUGGGAACGGUAUGGCAGCGACUUCCGUCAACCCAGUCAUCGAUAGGACCUUUUACCAACGCGAUCUUCUUCGGUUCGGCCUUCAUGUCCUUCAUGGCCGUCGCAUACGUUCCGGCUUUCCUUGAAGACCGUGCUACGUUCAUCAAAGAACGCGCCAAUGGCCUUUAUGGCGCUGCUCCAUUCAUGAUUGCAAACUUUCUGAUCGGGUUGCCUUACCUAUUCCUCAUAUCCCUGGUAUUCUCAUUAAUAACCUACUUCCUCAACAACUUCCGGCCAACAGCUGGAGCCUUCUUCACAUGGGUGAUGUGGCUAUUUCUGGAUCUGCUCGCUGGAGAGUCUCUGGUUGUCCUCAUGUCCUCCAUCUUCCCGAUAUCUGUCGUCGCUCUGGCUCUCAUUGCAUUCGCAAAUGGUCUGUGGAUGAGUGUUGGCGGCUUUUUGGUCUCUCCAGAGAUCUUGAACCCAUUCUGGAAAUACGUCUUCCAUUAUAUUGACUAUCAAGCCUACGUUUUCCGAGGCAUGAUGGUCAACGAAUUCGGCUACCGAGUUUAUGACUGCGGCAAAGGAUGUCACUGUAUGUACCAGAGCGCAUUGGCUUCCCAGUGCAAGAUUGACGGCCAGGCUGUACUGGAAGAGUAUGGGUACCGUACUGGAGACACUGGCAAUUGGGUCGGUAUCAUGCUGGCGAUUAUCCUUGUUUAUAGGCUCAUGGGGUGGGCUGUGACACAUUUGCGGAAGACCUAG